GGGCCCCGCCGCCAGACCGGCCCGGCAGGAAGCGCGGGGCGGCGGCCGCUGCAGCCCAUGCGUCCGGAGCAGAGAUUUCCAGGCAGCGACUGGGCCGCAGGGAACUUGAAGUGAAAGUCCCUCUUCUGUUGCCGUUGGAUUUGUUUCGGAGGUUGUGGUUACCUCCUCGGUGGUGGCUGCAGCAGUAGCUCUGUGCCAGCAGACGGUGGCUUCCAGGGACUUCUCUCAAGAUUCUACAGGAAUGGUGAUGGGAUCUGCUGUUGCUUGUUUAUCUAGGGAAAUUUCAAUCCGCUUCUGAGAAUAUUCCCUGAAAGAGAUGGAAAAAGGACCAGAAAGUGGAGCUUGUCCCCUUGAUUCUCCAGACAAUUUGUUGGAGUCAAAUCCAGAAAAUAACAGCAGGAAUGAAGGCUCAGUGAGAGAGAAAGACAUGCUUUCCUCUUCUGGAGAACUGGGAAAUGUACAGCUGAAACCCAGCAAAGAAACAUCCAGAAAAAAACUCUGUGGCUAUUUAAAUAAACUGGGAGUCAAGGGGCCAAUCAAGACCUGGAAGUCUCGGUGGUUCUCUUAUGAUGAAAACAAAUGUCAUUUACUAUACUACAGAACUGCACAGGACAUCAACCCCUUGGGGUCUAUUGAUAUCUCCAGCGCCAGCUUUGAUUGCAAAGCAGAAAAUGGGGAAGGAGUUUUUGAGAUCAGAACACGAAGCAGAGCUUUUACUUUGAAGGCAAUCAGCAAACAGGCAAUGAUCUACUGGCUUCAGCAGCUGCAAAUGAGACGCUGGGACUUCUGCAACGCUCAGAGCAGAUUUCCUGUGGGCAGCUCCCAGCUUGUGAAUGAAUCUCUGGCUGGCAGAACAAGUAUUGUUGAAAAUGAAGACUUUUUGCCUCCAGUGAAAACACCAACAGAAGCAGUGGGUUUAAAGGCGGCAUCUUUGCCUGCACCCCAAACAUCUACUGCUUUGCAGAACAUCUCCCUUAAGCACCCUUGGACAGAGAUACAAAACACUGUCUACAAUAUCUGUGGCUCCAAGCAGCUCUGGGGGAACAAUGGGAAUGUCUUUGACUUCAGUGAAUUCCAGGAGCAUCCUGAAAUCCCUGAUAAGGAACAAGAGGCAGAAGUGGAGGCAGGAUGUAGAGUUAAGGAGGGAAUCCUGGAGGAUGGAAGGUUGGAGUCCAGGCUGAACUGGAUUAGGAAGGGCAGGUGGAUGAGCAGUGGCUUCCCAGGCUUGCCUGAAGAAAUGUCCAGGGAGAGGAACCCAAUGGAUAAAGUGAGCGUCCUACAGCAACAGAUCCUGACCCUCACAGAGGAAGUCAAGUCACAGAAGGAGCUGGUCAAACUUCUCCACAAAGCUCUGGAGGCAGCCCAGCAGGAGAAGCGAGUAUCUAGCAUGUAUCUCACUGCAUCAGAAGAUAAGGACAGACUGGAGCUGGUGCGCCACAAAGUGAGACAAAUUGCAGAUCUCACCAGUCGACUGGAAGCUCUUGAGCAAGAAAAGAAGGAGCUGGAGCAGAUACUGUCUCUGAGAGACAGCCACAUUCAGGAACUCAAGGAGCAUGUACAGCUCCUGAUGGAGAAGAACCAUGCCAAACAGGAAGUCAUCAUGGCCUUGACAGACCAGAAGGCCCGAGAGCUCUCUGACCCCCUGCAAGAAGCCAACACUGUCACUGCAGAGACAUUGAAUAAGCAGCAAGAGGAGAUUGAGCACCUGAAGGAUGAUAUUGAUGCUUACAAAACUCAGAACCAGUUCCUCAACUCAGAGAUCCACCAGGUUACUCGACUCUGGACAAGUGUUGCUGAGAAUGAAAAAGCCCUUCUGAUGAAGUGUGCCUGCCUGCAAGCACGAAACUGCCAGAUGGAGAGCAAAUACCUGACAGUCCUGCGGAAGCUGCAGGAGGCUGUUCCUGGUCUACCCAGCACUGAUGCUGAGUUGGUGAGGAACCUUAUCCAGGAAGCACUCCAGUGGGAUGUGAAGAAAGAAGCAGAAGAAGGUUUUAACCUGAACCCUGUAAGUGAAUAUGAUGAGUAUGGGUUUAUGACAGUGCCAGACUACGAAGUUGAGGACUGGAAGCUACUGGCCAAAAUUCAAGCCCUGGAGAUAAAGUCCAACAACCUACGGAGCCAGGAAGUAGUGGACAAGCCUCUCCGUGACAAGUGGAACAGCCUUGGAGAACUGAGUCCCUCUGCAGAGCUGAAGAGCCUGAUCCGAAGCGGCAUUCCCGUGGAGCACCGUCAGUGGGUCUGGAGCUGGAUUGUCAGCCGGCACUGCAGCCACCCCCCUGAGCACUACCAUCGGCUCCUGCGGCAGAGCCAGAGCGCCGAGCACCCUGCCUGCCGGCAGAUCGAGCUUGACUUGCCCCGCACACUGACCAACAAUAAACAUUUUUCCUCUCCCACCUCCCAGCUCAUCCCCAAGCUCCGGAGGGUGUUGCUGGCAUUCUCCUGGCACAAUCCUGCCAUUGGAUACUGCCAGGGACUGAAUAGAUUGGCAGCGGUUGCCCUUUUGGUCCUGGAAGAGGAGGAGAGUGCUUUCUGGUGCCUAGUCCAUAUUGUGGAGAACCUAAUGCCAGCAGACUACUACAGUGACACACUGAUAACAUCACAGGUAGAUCAGAGAGUCUUCAAAGACUUCUUGUCAGAGAAGCUCCCUCGCCUCACGGCUCAUUUUGAGCAGUAUCGGAUUGAUGUCUCACUCAUCACCUUCAAUUGGUUUCUGGUGGCCUUUGUGGACAGCCUGGUCAGUGACAUCCUCCUGCGAGUGUGGGAUGCCUUCCUGUACGAGGGAACUAAGGUAAUUUUCCGCUAUGCUCUUGCAAUUUUUAAAUACAAUGAGGAAGAAAUCCUAAGAAUUCAUGACAGUGUGGAGAUCUACCAGUACCUACGCUUUUUCACAAGAAUGAUCACGGAUGGCAGGAAGCUGAUGAACAUUGCCUUCAAUGACUUAAACCCCUUCCCCAUGAAACUGCUGAGGAACCGGAGGUCAGUGCACAGGGAAGAGCUGGAGGCAGAGAUGCGCAAGCUGGAACAGAUCAAGGCAGCCUAUGUAAAAGAGAGAGCAGAGCAGGGGCCUCAGGACCUGAAGGAGGUUGUUAGUGAAGAGGAAGAAGAGAUGUAACAAAAAAAACAAAGUUCCCCAUCGCUUUCCUCUGGCCUUGCAGGUGGUCUUCAGUAGCAACUGAAGAGACAGAGCAAAGAGUGGAAGGUGGUCAUGCAGGUGUUCUUCUGCCCCAGGGAGUAUGGCUGUAUGUAUAUAACAAUUUGGAGACCGUGCCAGUCUCUGUGGACUGGCAGUGGACUGGAAGAUGUCAAAGGAGCUUUAUUCCCUUCUGUAUUUUUCCCCAUUCAACCCACCCUAACCUGUGCAAUUCAGGUUUACAGCUGGAGUACUGUAGGAAAUGUCAGGUGUUGGUACCAUGACAGAAAUUGAUCUGGUGUAAAAAGGAAGGCAGGGCUUUUCUACCUUUUCUGAUGGAGGCUUGGAAGAGAUCUUUAUGUACAAGUAAAAGCAACAGAAAGAAUUAACCAAGAGCACACCCUCAUUGGUGCCUAAAGCUUCUGAACUGGUCAGGAAAGAAGGCAUAGUGCCUUCAGUGACUAGCCUUCCAGGAAAGCUUGUAUUUAACAUUGUAGUUAAUGAGUCAUGACACUCUCUCCAGAUAAAUGUUGGGCCUGAGGAAGUCCUCAAGCUGGAGAACAUCUUCCUAUGGGAUCCAGGCUGGAACAAGUGAAAUGAAUUGUGCAAGAGCAGAAUUGUCUCUCCAGUUUAUUUUGGUUCCUGUGGAAGCCACUGGGAGAACAGGGUGUGUCUCCUUGCCUGGUUGGGAAAUGCUGGGAGUUAAUGUUCUUUGUUUAGCUUUGAGCAGAGUCAUCUAUGACUUGGCCUGACCCUGGCAGGACUUUGCCUUACAGAGGUUUGCUUCAUAGUGGAGGUCUCAUCUCAACCCCUAUCUGACUGCAGCAGAGACCAGUGUUAUGGGGAUUUUGAGUUCUGAGGACACCUGGAUCUUCUGAUUGUCUCACACUUGGCUAGGAUGAGUGUUUGGCUAUCUCUCACUUCCUCACAGGUAUGCUCCUUAUGUGCCAGGUGUCUAUGUUGAUAUCCCUGUCUCUGACUCUCAUUCAUAAUGGGAGGGAGGAGGUCUUUUCCAUAAGACUUUCCAGUAUUGCGAACAUUCAUGUAAUAUGGCACGCUAGGGAUGAACCUGCAAACCACUUGGACUAGUUCACAAAGAAUGGCUUUGUAGUCUUUAGAGAAAAAAUGCUGCUCUCCUCUGAACAAAGGAUCUGACCUCCAUGGGUCUAGCACACUGCCUCUGAGAAUAUGGCCUUGAAGUCUUCUCCCCAGUCCCCCAGCCUCACACAUGCCUUGGGCGGUAUGCCCUGCGUAUGCAGCUCAGUCCUCCACAGGCCCAGGAUGAGUCAGGUGCAGCUUCUUUUCCCUAACAUGGUACCAGAUCCUGCUGCCCCACUUUCUUGCUGAGCAGUGCUUUAUUCUAGCUGUGCCCACUGUGCUGUUGCUGACAGCAUGCAGCAGACCCCACUAUAAGGUGGGCUCCGCUCUGCAUUUUUAUACUGACCUUGAACCUAAGCCCAUGCAGUGCAUGAGCCUCAUGUAAAGAUCUUGUUGUAUGAUGUCACCAUUGCUUGCAGAGGAAGGGAAAAGAAGAAUUUGGAGCCCAUACUGUUCUCGGGCAGGUGGGUCAUAACCAAGUGGAAAAGUCUCUGUUCACCUGAGACAUGUGGUCUGCCUCAGGUCUGCCUCAGGCACAACUGGACAAAUCAGCCAAUUUCAAAGAAUUACAGAAGUCUGAUCUGGGGGAGAGCUGUGGAGGCCAACCAAGCAGUACUGAAGUAAUCAAAGCGGAAAUGAGGGUUUGAGAAGAGUGAAAAGAUGAGCAAGAGUGAGGUAGAUCCCCUGCAUAUCACUGAUAGCUACACACAUGGAAAGUGUGGGACAAGAAGAGAAUGUAACUGGAGUCUUACUACACUAUCUCAAAAAAAAAAAGUAAUUGCUUUUAUAGUGAUGCCACCUAGCUAGAGAAGUUCAAAAGGCAGAAGAUUGUAUCACUUAUCUAAUUUACUCAUAGUGUUAUGGUUGCACACAAAUGCAGAAUUUUGCUCUUGUUCUGGACUUUUGAAAGGAAUUAUCUUUUAAAUCAAGGCCAUGGAAAUCAGCAGUAUGCUUGCAACUGUAUUUUUCCUGGAGCCUUUUCCAGCAGCUUAAACGUCUUCGAUCCUGCCCCUAUGCUUUUUGACAAAGUCAUUUGAAACAUGCAUUAUCAGACCAAAGCAUAGUUUACAGCAUAUAAAUAAACAUUGGUCUAUGUUGUAUAUAAUGACCCAUUAAAAAAUAAACUUUUCUGGA